CCUGCUCGGAACACGCUGCAUCACACUUUUCCGGGCGCUCGAUCUGCAGACGUUCUGGCAAGCGCCUUACGAAACGUUCUCACACUUAUCAACGGCGUGAUGGUUUCAUCUUCGGCUACGGCUGCGAUUCAUGAUCAUUUUCUACCAUGCUGGUGCAUGCCAAAAAUUGCAGUCCUGCGUUGUUCAGUUGAAUGUUGUGAACGAUCAUCUUCUUAUACUUCAAGUGACAUUGCAUGCGAGCUUCUGUUCACCUGGGUACGGGGCAAAGAUCGGUUGAUCUUCGAGAGCUUCACAGGUCAUGUGAGCCGAAAAGUCACUUCUACCCUACAAGAGUUUGGUGAUGUAAUAUGAUUUAACAUAA